ACACCGCGGCUGUGUUUCUCUCCGGACUGUGUUUUAGAAGUCACUGAUGGCCGAGUGCUGUAGAGAUUUAUAUAUUGUUAUUAUUUAUUAUUUUGGGAGAUUAAUGUGUGUGUGUGGAUAAAGGAACAGUAUAAUACUGUAUAAAAUAAUAAUUAUUAUAAAGCGCGCUGAGCUCAGGCUGCGGGGGAAAUGUGCUAUUUCUGUAGGGAAAGGCGGGAACAGGCGAUGUGAGGAGAGUAAACAGAAAACCCAAGUUUCAUUACCGCACAUUUCACAUUAAUUCGGAUUAAUCCUACAAAAAACGGUUUAUUAGACCAGAAAUCCAGUGCACACCAGCAGAGCCUGCAGGAGGGGGUUAUCCUGAUGGCAGCAGCAACGGAACCAAUCGACAUAUACGACGAGCUGAAAACGGAGGCGACUGGUGACAUUCUUUCCACGGAAAACGACGCUCUGUAUGACGAUGUAGUGACCGGUUCUGUAGGCAGCGAGAGGCCGCAGGAAACAGAGACAACUAAGGAUGAUAACAAGCCGGAAGUAGUUUACACGUACAAAGGCUGUACAGCAGAUAAGUCCAAACGGUUCUCAGUCUACGUGGGAAACUUCUCCUGGUGGACCUCAGACAAAGAUCUGGUAAAUGUAGCGCGGACACUGGGUGUUAAAGAUGUUGUGGAUAUUAAGUUUGCAGAGAACAGAGCUAACGGUCAGUCUAGAGGUUUUGCAGAGAUUGUGGUGUCCUCAGAGGAGUCUGUGAAACAGUUAAUGGACUCAAUCCCACACUGUCAGAUAAAUGGUGAGAAGGUGGAGUGCCGCUACGCGACGCGGCAGAACCUGGCCGUGUUUGAGGCUCAGGCUAGAAAACGUAUUCCUCAGCGCUCGAACUCCAAAUCAGAUUCUGAAAAGCCGGAUGGUCGUUCAUCCAUUUCGUCUCCCGCUGACCUCCAGCUGCCCCCCUUACCGCCGAUGUUUCCCCCUCCGCCACAGAUAGCCAAACCCCCCUCUCUCCUGCCCUCCUUUUUUACCCCUCCCCCCUUCCCUCCACCACACCUCCAGCCUCCACCCCUCCCUCACCUAUUUCCGCCCCCACACAUGCACAACACACACACACCGCCCCCCCACAUCCCAAAUACACACGCCCCCUCCCUGCACAUCAACCCUGCCUUCUUCCCCCACCACCACCAUGACACCCACAACAGCAGCAGCGGCUACGGUCGACACAGCAGGGAGGGUGAUGUCCCCUCUGGGCCAAAUGGAGAGUUUGAGGAGCUGAUGAACCGAAACAGAACCAUCGCCAGCAGCGCCAUCACUAAAGCAAUGUCUGGAGCCACUACAGGUGAUGUCUCCAUGGCCAUAGAGACGCUCCUCACGGCCAUCGCCGUGAUCAAACAGUCUCGAGUGUACGCUGAUGACCGCUGCAGGGCGCUGGUAGAGUCUCUGAAAGACUGCCUGUACUCUAUAGAGAGCAAGUCGUACGGAUCCAGAAAGAGGCACCGGUCUCGAGAGCGGGACCGGGAGCACAUGAGGAGUCGAGAGAGAGACCGAGAGCGAGAGAGAUCAUACGGUCAGGGCUGGCCGGAGGAAGGAUCUUCCCGGAGACACCGGGAUCGCUCGUCCAGCGCGGAGAGAGACCGGGGCAGAGAGAGGCACAGAGAGCACAGAGAGAGACACCGCUAGGGUGUGGACGGAUGGACGGAUGAACAGUGGAAGUGAAAGUGUGUAUAAAGCUGUUGGAACAGAGGACCAGAGAGACCAACACCACCCCACACCAAACCAAACCAUCCUCACCUCCUGCUGAACACCAGUACUGUUAGCAUCCCGUCUUAGCCACAUUUCAUCUUCAGCAGCGUCUGUAAUUCUCUCGUCACUGUGUAAAUGGUACUGUAUAGGAAAUCAAACUUUUAGUUCAGAAUGUAAAUUUUCAGUGGCUGCUGACUGUUUGGUCAUAUUGUGGUUCGCCGAUGGUUUUUGUUUUGUUUUUAACACGGUUUAAAAAGUUCACAAAUCUUUUUUUUCUCCAGUGUACAUUUUUGUAACAAAAUGCUACUGUACAAUAUAAAAAAGUGGAUUCAACUA